UUUUGAUUUCAUGGUGACUUUAAAACCCACUUGUGGAUCACCUUUAAAACAAUGCUAUUUGUAUGGUUUUACUCAAAAAGUUUGAACGAAAACCCUUACCACCUAUUUAAAUUCAGAUCACACAUAUCUUUUGGUAUUCUAUUCUAUUCUAUUCUAUUCUUCCACUCUGUGGCAGCGGAGUGAUGUACAGAUGCUUUGUGAAUCGGUUUGUAUGAAUCCCUAAAAAGAACCGGUUCAAACGAACGACUCGUUUGCGAAUCGAACACGACUACUCGUCACAUCUAUGGCGCGCAGUGUUUGUGUGAGAAACAUCCGUCAGGCCCAAUACAUAUGCUGUGAAGGCUUCACGUCGCUUCUGACAGAGACGCAUACCGAAGCCAAACAUGUCUGUCUCUGAGUCUUUCUGAAAUGAAGAGGACACGGGGUUUGGACGCGACAGAACAGUGCGCUGUCUACAAGACUGAAACCUGUCGACGCAUCAGGGAAUCUCGAAGAAAUCUUGAGACUGGGUUUUUUGACCGACGCUCACGAUGAGGAAGUGCAGUCCAUGGAUGUUCCUGCCCGUGAUGUUCUCCGUCUUCACAGCUGCCGGCCUCUGGGUCGUGUAUUUCAUUGCUGUGGAGGACGAGAAAAUCACGCCACUCAGCUCAGAGUACAAACGGUCAGAAUCUAAAUCUCCUCCAUAUAUCAGCAUUGCAGGCAAUGCACCUCCUGCCAGCUGCGUGUUCAGCCAAGUCAUGAACAUGGCGGCCUUUGUAGGCUUUAUCCUGGGAGUGCUGAGAUACCUGCAGCUGAAGCCGCGAGUGCAGAAGCCCUGGCUCAACAUCGGCAGUCUGGCGGCGCUCUCGCUCGCCUGCUUCGGCAUGACUUUAGUGGGCAACUUCCAGCUGUCCAACGAUGAGGAACUGCAUAAUAUUGGCACCUCCAUGACCUUCGGCCUGGGAACCCUCUUCUGCUGGGUCCAGUCUUUCAUAACUCUGAAGGUCAACCUGAGGAACGAAGGCAAGCGAGCAGGAAUCCCCCGCUUCCUGUUGUCCGGGGCGGUCACUUCCUGCAUGCUGCUCUAUUUCGCUCUGAUGGCUCAGCGGCUCCACAUGCACGCGGCCCGGGCCCAGUGGGCGCUGGUCAUGUUCUUCCUGACGUACCUGAGCACGUUCGCCAUUGAGUUUCGCCACUACCGCUUCGAGAUCGUCUGCAGUGACGAGCGUGAGCCUCCGCUUAGCCUGUCCGAGAGCUUCUCUGAGGUCUCAGAGUACCAGUCUGACCAGCUAUAGGCUCACAGGCUCCCAGUGUUCACCAGUCAUGCAUGUGAGCCCAGCGCAAUCUCUCCAGAAAAACCUCUGGAUGAGUGUUUGCUGAAUAGUAGAUAGGCAACAAGUUCAUGACAUAAACAUGGAACACAUCACAUUGAAUCCUAGUGUGUGUCAGAGGACACUUUCAAGAAGAACGGAUGGAGGUUUUUUGGCAAGAUCCUUCGACAUACAGCAAUUAAGACUUUCUUGAUGCAGGUUAUUAUGAAGACUCUUAAUAUUCACCAAUUCGUUUGUCGCUUCAAAUCUGUAUGCUGUGGAAGACAGACGCACUUCUGAGGAAUCUUCACGCAGGACACAGGUUUGGGAAUAGAUGUGGAACUAUUACUUUCGUGAUG